GCAGCUCCCUCCAAGAUGGCGGCGGCGACGGCGGACCCGGGAGCUGGGAACCCGCAGGCUGGAGACUCCUCCGGCGGGGGCGCUGGGAGUGGGCUGCCGUCCCCGGGGGAGCAGGAGCUGAACCGGCGUCUGCAGCGCCUGUACCCCGCGGUCAACCAGCAGGAGACGCCGCUGCCGCGCUCCUGGAGCCCCAAGGACAAGUACAACUACAUCGGCCUCUCCCAGGGCAACCUCCGCGUCCACUACAAAGGUCAUGGCAAAAAUCACAAAGAUGCAGCCUCAGUGCGCGCCACCCACCCCAUACCUGCUGCUUGUGGCAUUUAUUACUUUGAAGUGAAGAUUGUCAGCAAAGGAAGAGAUGGGUACAUGGGAAUAGGACUCUCAGCUCAAGGUGUCAACAUGAACAGACUUCCUGGUUGGGACAAACAUUCCUAUGGUUACCACGGUGAUGAUGGGCAUUCCUUCUGCUCUUCAGGGACUGGCCAGCCCUAUGGUCCCACUUUCACUACAGGAGAUGUAAUUGGCUGCUGCGUCAACCUCAUCAACGGCACCUGCUUCUACACCAAGAAUGGCCACAGCCUAGGUAUAGCCUUCACAGACCUCCCGGCCAACCUCUACCCCACCGUAGGCCUGCAGACACCCGGGGAGAUUGUGGACGCCAACUUUGGGCAGCAGCCCUUCCUGUUUGACAUUGAGGACUACAUGCGGGAGUGGCGUGCCAAGGUCCAGGGCACUGUCCACUGCUUCCCCAUCAGUGCCCGGCUUGGCGAGUGGCAGGCGGUGCUGCAGAACAUGGUCUCUUCUUACCUGGUGCAUCAUGGGUAUUGUGCCACGGCCACCGCUUUUGCCCGAAUGACCGAAACCCCGAUUCAGGAAGAACAAGCAUCCAUAAAGAACAGACAAAAGAUCCAGAAACUGGUGCUGGAGGGCCGUGUGGGUGAGGCCAUUGAGACCACACAGCGCUUUUACCCAGGGCUGCUGGAGCACAACCCCAAUCUGCUCUUCAUGCUCAAGUGCCGACAGUUUGUGGAGAUGGUGAAUGGGACUGACAGUGAGGUCCGCAGCUUGAGCUCCCGAAGCCCCAAGUCCCAGGACAGCUAUCCUGGCUCCCCCAACCUCAGCCCCCGACAUGGCCCCAGUAGUUCCCACAUGCACAACACAGGAGCAGACAGUCCGAGCUGCAGCAAUGGCAUUGCGUCCACCAAGAACAAACAGAACCACAGUAAAUACCCUGCGCCCAGCUCCUCCUCCUCUUCCUCAUCCUCCUCAUCCUCCUCAUCCCCCUCUUCCGUCAAUUACUCGGAGUCCAACUCAACAGAUUCCACCAAGUCUCAGCCCCACAGCAGCACCAGUAACCAGGAGACCAGUGACAGUGAGAUGGAGAUGGAAGCAGAGCAUUACCCCAAUGGUGUGCUGGAGAGCAUGUCCACGCGCAUUGUCAAUGGCGCCUACAAGCAUGAGGACCUGCAGACAGAUGAGUCCAGCAUGGAUGAUGGGCAUCCUCGGCGGCAGCUCUGCGGGGGCAACCAGGCUGCCACAGAAAGGAUUAUCCUGUUUGGCCGUGAGUUGCAGGCACUGAGUGAGCAGCUGGGCCGGGAGUACGGCAAGAAUUUGGCCCACACAGAGAUGCUGCAGGAUGCCUUUAGCCUGCUGGCAUACUCAGACCCCUGGAGCUGCCCAGUUGGCCAGCAGCUUGACCCCAUCCAGAGGGAGCCUGUGUGCGCUGCCCUCAACAGCGCCAUUUUAGAGUCUCAGAACCUGCCAAAGCAGCCCCCUCUGAUGCUUGCCCUGGGCCAGGCAUCUGAAUGUCUACGGCUCAUGGCCCGAGCGGGCCUGGGAUCUUGCUCCUUUGCCAGAGUCGACGACUACUUGCACUAGCUGACCACGCUGGCUGGCCCCGCCUGGCCCUCCCUCGGCCCCAGGGCUGGAGCAGCCCUGCCCUCCAUAGGCACCUGGCGCAGGGACCUAGAAGCCAUGGGCAGAGUCCAUUCCUCCUGCCUGGCCUCUCCCUCUCCCUCCCCUUGUUCCUUUCUUUCUUUCCUUCCUUCCUUUUUCCCCUUGCCCUCUCUUUCUCUCCCCUUCACGUGCAGCGGCCUAUGACACAGUAUUGGCUGGUUACUCUCAUGUAGCGCCUCCUACUUUGAAAGGGGGUUUUGUUUUGAGAAGGGGUUGGGGAUUUUUUAAUCUUUUUUUUUUUCCCUCCUGACUGAGCCACCAGUAUUUAUCUCUGGAGAGUUUGUGCUGAGCUGGUUUCUGCUAGUUUAGUGAUAAAGCCUAUCCAAGUUGGUGAUAGCUUAUUAUUUUCGUAAGUAAAAAAAAAAGAGAUUAUAUAUAUAAAUAUAUAUAUAUUAAAAAAAGACACAGUAUUUAUCGUAGCGUUAGUGGUCCAGCACCUCUUGGGUGAGGCUGUCCAGACACCAUAUGUUUUUAUUUGAGUCCAACUCAUUAAAAAAGAAUCAUCUCUGUCUCCUCAGCCAAGUGAUUUGUUUAUUUCAGGCUUCCCGUUUGUUGAGCCACAGGCCCAGCUGCAGCCUAGGGAAGCCCAGUAGGUUUCAGGGGGCCACUUGGUGGGCAGGUCAGGCUAAGCUGGUUUGCAGAAUCUGAGAGGUGUGCGUCCCUAGGCCCCUGAGAGCUGGACUAAGCAGAGAACUGUAAGGCCGAGGGUUCAGAGAAGGGAUGAGUUGGCCCAGGGCUACAGAGCAAAGCAAGGGAGCAGAGGGUCCUUGGCCAGCACGCUACCAUUCUACCCUGCCUCUCACUGCCUGCCUUGCCCCUCUCUCUCUCCGUUUUUCAAUAUCCUGCCUUCCCUUGUUGUUACGAUGGCCAAAUAAUUCAUUUACUCUAAAUUGAUUGCCUGGAAACUACCUGCCUUUGACCUGAGAGCUGCUGUGUGUCAGGCUGUGGGGAGGAAGUCUCCGUUCCCAGGGCAGAGGCCCUUGAGUACCGGGGAACCUUCUUCCUGCCUGGAUCGUCACCGUCUCUGCACAGCUUUGAUGGAAUCGAUGCUUUCUGUUGAGAAGCCAGGACCUUACGGAGGCAGGUUCUUGGGCUGCCAGUCGCUGGAGUGUGUAGAACCCUUGACCCCCUUGGCCAGGUGUCACUGCACCUUGGCCCCGACCUCUGUUAGGAAAGACUGUUAUGAGUAUUUGGGGCCGGAGGAAGGACCUCAUGGGCUUUACAAAUGUCCCACCAGCCAUUUCAGAUGGAUCCUCACAGCUGGUGGGACAAAAACAGUCCUGAUACUGCCAUCAAGGAGUCAGGAGAAGAAAGGCUGAAAUGACUGCAAGGACUUGGGCAGGCCAUCUGUGGAGAGGACUAACUGCCCAGGAGGAGGAAUGGGAGGAGGCCUACCCAGAGGAGCACCAGGAGGGGCUGGGAUUUCCCCACCUGCUUCACAGUGAGAGGGAGCUCACAAGCAGCCCCUGAAGGGGCAAGGCCAGAAGUUGAACUUGCAGCCCCUGCCUGGAUCUGGACUAGGCAAGCUCCCACUCUCCUUCAGUGGACAUGGGAAUGGUCGGUACAGCCUGAGACAUUCAGUGCCCACCACGCCCAUAGCUGGACAACAAGAAAAGUGAUUGAGUUGGACCAACUGCUGGUGAUGGAGUCAGGGCCCUAGCCCAGUGCUCUCCCAGAGUUAUGCCUUGGGACAUGACCCUAUCGGCUGCUGCUUUUCCUUGGGCCCCACCAGGGCCCCAGCUGGCAGCCCACAGACCAUGGCCUGUUGAGGAGGUGUUGUCUUGUAUGUAAAGGAAACUCAUCCUGCGCAAGGCUGGGGAUGUCUGGCUCCCAAACCCAGAGGUCAGAAACAUCAGGCUGUUAGAAUGGUCAGAACCAAGCAGGAUUGGGAAUUAAAACCCGAGGCUUUUGCAGCUGGAAUGGGGUUCAGAGAACAUCUACUCUGCCAAUCCUCUCCUAUUUCAGAUAAGGAAACAGGCCUAGGAGAUUAAGUGACUUCGCCAAAGUCACACAGCAAAUUAGUGGCAGAGCUGGGACUAACCUUAUCUCCAUGGUUUGGGCAACACUGUUUAGUCCUAAAGAUGAAUGGCGAGUGAGGGGUUAGGCUGGCGAGGCCUCCAGCAGUGUCUGAGCAGCCGGUACCUUCAGGGGUGUGUCAGGGAUGGGGAUGGGUGCCUGGGCUUGGGUUGUGGAGUGGCUGAGAGAGGCCCCAGGAGGGCCCAGGACAGCUGUGUGCUGCUUGGGGAUAGGUGUCCACCUGGCUCGCACUCAGUACCCAUGGCCACCUCCCCAUUUUCUGUGCCUUAUCUCACUGUUUCAGCUGAGUCCAAGUUGUUUACUCUGUUCCUCUCCAGAGGGGCUCUCUGUCCCAGUUGGACAGCUUACCUUUGGGACAUAAGCCUUUGCCCCACAAGCCAUGGAGAGGACCAAAACCAAGCUGCUUGAGCCGACUGUCUUGGUGAUAGUCCGGGCCUGCCUGCCAGCCAGAGGAGCCCCUUAUGCACACCCAGGCCUACCAGCCUGCUUCUGGGAGCCGAGAGUGGGGAAGGCACCUGGGAGGAGCCCCGGUGAAGGACUGGACCUGACCCAAGGGGACAGGAAGAAGAUUUGGCUCUGUUGGGUUGUUCAGCCCUGGAGGAGCAGCCUUCCUUCCUUCCUUCCUUCCUUUUUCCCCUUGCGCCACCAAAUGGUCACUCCUUCCAGAGCAGAAACUGGCAGACCAGAACCCCUGAUCCUUACCUACAUGGGUCUGUUGCUGGGUACAGGCCAUCAGAACAGGGACACCAAGAGAUGGAGAAGUGGGGACUACCUGGCCUCCCUGCGCCUUCCUACCCCUUAAGCAAGCACAAAGAUGAAGCAGAGAACUGUCAGAACUCAAAGUUCCUUUGGUUGCUCACAACUCAGGUAUGCACGCCCUGAGGCAGCCAGGCAGCAGAGCUCUACUUGACCACCAGUCCCAUGUACCCGGACCUGUGGCCAGAUUGUGGACUGUGGCUGCCUCAGGCACUGCCUCUUUGCAUAGAGUUUUCCUCCAUUAGUAACCACAGCUGAAACAGAUGUCCUCCACAUUGUGCACACUGGUUCUGCCUUUGUCUUCGCAAGUUGAUAUUUGGCAUUAGCAUGAAACUUGUGGGCGUGGGAGGGUUUAGAGAGAAUUCUAAUACAAAACAUCCUAUUAAAUUGUACUUGAGAGAUGAAAAAACUCCUGUUGUAUUUUGACAGAAUUAUUUUUAUUAAAAUAUACAUCCAUGAGCAGUCA